AUGACUCCACGGCAAGCUAUUCAACAAAUCAGCGAAAGACGGCAUUUGCAAAACAUCACAGCCAAAAAAGUUUAUUUUGCGGAUGAAAGGUACCAUAACGUUUGUGAGGACACGCCAUGGUUGGUAAACAAAACAGAAUAUGAAGCAAACAAAGAGAUUAAGCAAAGUAAACUUGAAGAAUUUUUGGCUCAAAGUGUAGAAGACCCGCGGAGUAUACCUUGGAUCGAGAGGACAUACACUACACUAAGUAUGUAUCCAACACCAGGAAACUACCUUCAAGGUAAUGCUGUUUUGACAAAAUCCAGAGAAUCUCCAACAAGAUUCUAUGAUUGUAAUAAAGAACGGCAAAGAAAAACAUCUGACGUUUCUUUCACUACUUUGUACACUACAUUUAAGAAUGCGAGCGACGGAAACCCGAGAGCAAGGUGUCAGAAAAUGGACGUUGUUUCUAAACCUAAAGCCAAAAGAGUAGGAAGGGUUGACAGUUGGUCUGAAAGUGAAUAUUCUCACUCGGGAAUGUCUAACAUACGUGGUAUGGCAAAGAAAAUCCAUGAUAAAUCCACUGCGAUGGAGAGUAUCUUUACAGCGAAUGAAAAAGACAGAUUAAAGCCUGAAAGAAAGACAGUCGAUUACAAAGUUGUCGGAACGGCUAAACACUUUGAAGAACAGGGUCAAAGAGUAAAUAAUAGUGGAACUAGUAGUCGAGGGAUGGAUGGAAACGAUUCAACUAAACGAAUUCGAUUGCAUAUUUAUGUUCCCACAGCAGAAAUGAACAGUUAA